ACAUAGAGAGCUAGCCUAAGAAGUGCCGUUCGCCAGCUCCUACCGAUCCACAUGAGGAAACUACACACACCUGCGGUGCGGCGGCUCACGCCUUUGGCACGCAGGAAGUGGAACUACAAUCUCGGAGGCCCCCCGCGGCAGUGAGGUUAGAGAAAACUACAUUUCCCAGAAGCCUCCGCUCCUCAGCUGCGGAGCCUUCGGUUUUCGGAAUAGCCGACGCGGACGGGCCGCGUGAUCCGAGGCCGGACAUGGCUCUCUUGAGCAGAUCCCUGAGUCGCCAGUUGUGUCCCGUCAGUAGGGCUAUACAGGAUGCCAGGUGGCUCCAGCCCCAGACCUUGUUGCGGCUACCCGAUGCCUGGGCACUCCCCACCACGCAGCCGAGCCGGGGCAAGGCACGCGGGAACGAGUACCAGCCGAGCAACAUCAAACGCAAGCACAAGCACGGCUGGGUCAAGCGCUUGAGCACCCCGGCGGGCGUCCAGGUUAUCCUUCGCCGCAUGCUCAAGGGCCGAAAAUCGCUGAGCCACUGAGCGCGCCGCUGCCUCUGAGACUGCCUCUUGCCAUUAAAGCAUUUCCCUCGCU